GCUGGACGCUGCCUGGUCGCCUAGCAACGGCCAGGACGCUGAGCUAUGGAGUCGGUGGAGAGUAGGGAGCUUCAAGCCAGGGAUUAUUUGGAAAAACACCGGAUCAUGGACCUGCUGAACCACCUCACCAGCGUCCUCCUCUUUGUUCGGCCUCCAAAACCAAGAGAAUAUUUAAUCUCUCAAUUGGAACGUUUGAGAAUUGCGAAAGCCGCUGGCAUCUCAUUUCCUUUCUUCGUGGAUAACUCUAACAUCGUGGCCAUGUUUGACAUGAUGGACCCAGCGGGCAGAGGCACCAUAUCAUUUGCGCAGUAUAAGGAAGCCCUGAAGAACCUGGGCCUGUGUACUGCAGAUGAAGUCUUUCAUGAGGAGGGACAUCUAAUAACUCUGGAUAAAUUCAGGGAUGAAGUGAACAAGAGGACUUGGAAAAUCUGGAAGGCAUUUUAGUAACACCACCAAUCCAAACUAAUAAAUGAUUCUGUAAAGUUUUCA